CGCAGUAUAAAUUAGCUCCCACAGUUUUUCGUAGAUUCCUUUUUCAUCGAGAAGCAAAAAGAAAACACAAAAACAAAACCUUUUUUAAUCUUUCUCUCAAGAAGUGACUCAGACUCAGGAAAAAAGGGUUUUUGCUUUCCGGGUUUAACGAAGUAAUCUUCCAUAUCUCUUUUGAUUCGAAGCUUUUUUCAAAACCCAAAAUGGGACCUCGUUGCUCUAAGCUAUCUCUCUGUUGGUGGCAAACACAUCACAAAUCAUCUCUCAACGACGCUUCUGAUCUAGAUAACGGAAAUGACGAUUCGGCGUCGUUUAGUGAGUUCAGCUUCGACCAACUACGAACCGCUACUUCAGGAUUCUCAACGGACAGCAUCGUGUCCGAACACGGCGUCAAAGCUCCAAAUGUCGUGUAUAAAGGCAGGCUCGAAGAUGAGCGAUGGAUCGCUGUUAAACGCUUCAACAGAUCCGCUUGGCCUGACACUCGUCAAUUCCUUGAGGAAGCAAAAGCUGUGGGGCAGUUGAGGAGCGAGAGGUUAGCGAACUUGAUUGGUUUCUGCUGUGAAGGAGAUGAGAGACUGCUCGUUGCUGAGUUUAUGCCUUUUGAAACUCUCUCUAAGCAUCUCUUCCACUGGGAUAGCCAGCCAAUGAAGUGGGCUAUGAGAGUGAGAGUGGCUUUGUAUCUUGCACAAGCACUCGAGUAUUGCAGCAGUAAAGGUCGCGCUUUGUACCAUGAUCUCAACGCUUACAGGAUCUUGUUCGACCAGGAUGGUAAUCCGAGACUAUCUUGCUUCGGUCUUAUGAAGAAUAGUAGGGAUGGGAAGAGUUACAGUACUAAUCUGGCUUUCACACCUCCUGAGCAUUGCGAAAGGAAACGAGAUUCGUCGACUAAUCCCCCUUUCGUGUGUCCUCAUCAGAAGCCCCCUGCUAUCAUACAAUCAAUAGCUGAUAAAGACUUCAAGACCUUCGUGCUCCUACAAUCCUUCAGAUUCGCAAGGUAA